AUGUCCAAACGUCCAUACGAUGACGAUGACGAUGACGAUGGCGAUGACCCAUUUGCCUUUCCCCCCAAACCUGAUCUCUUUGAUCAAACAAAAUGGGCACCGCAUGUGAGCAUAGAAGAUGCAAGGAUCGCGCAUCGUUUCUGGUCACUUCCGGAUACUGUACUUGGUGACAGCCUGGGAGAGCAGCCCCGUUAUACCCGGCCCAGGGGCGCGGAUGAUAAUCCUGCAGCACAUGCACUCGCAAGAAAUGUCUAUGACCACUUGAUGCACAACGAAAGAUUCCUAAUGCCAGUCAACCCCACAAAUUGGCAAAGGGAAUGGACCAAUGCCGGGCUGAAUAACAGGGUCUGGUCAUUCAACGACAUCUUCGAAGGGCAGGGUCUCGAUCUUGGGGAUACCACGGAAGGUCUUAACGAGGUGGAUGGGCAGCUUAUCAGGGAUAUGAAGGCCCUCCAGCUAAGAGCCGCCCUUGAGAGCCGGAGCCUCUCAACCGAAGGCACGGUUCCCGUAUUACGCCGGCGACUUCAGGACUAUAAACGCCAAGUGUAUCAUCAAUACCGCGCCUUGCCUCGAAGUGAUCUGUCACAUUGGGGUAUCCAAAGAGAUAACGCGCGGAAGUACGCUAUCGAGAUUACCGACGAUGAUGGCAUAGGAGCACUGGAUAUGUACACUUGUGCUAUUCUUGCCAGCCCAUAUAACCCAGCUUAUUGGCUGAGCCGGGCUUACUGCCAUUACCAACAGGCGUUUUUUGACCUUGCUAUCGGGGAUGCUUAUCGAGCGGAAUAUCUCUGUGACGUGCUUUAUGAUACACACCGGCGGAGUCUUCAACAUGGACUCUAUACGCGGAUAUGCCACGCUCUGGAGCAGCAUAUCAUGGUUCAACCCCGAGAUUCUAUCACGGGUAACCUAUCCGCGGAAGCUACAUUACUUCGCAGGUUCAAUGGGGUUAAUUUUUUCACACCCACUAUUCGGAAGGCCACCCAGCACGUUCUCGCUCUUAGUCUCAUGGCGCUCCAGUGUUGGGACGACUAUAAAACAAAGGAACGUCUUCUUAGAGCAAGGAUGAUAAAUGUGGACCGGGACUUGAUGCCAUUCCAAGAGCGCAGAAGGGUCAUGGAAGGCGUUGCUGCCAAAGCCAAGACGACCAAGGAAAACACUGAUUACUAUUACCAUGAAUCACGAGCUGGGAACGCCCCAGGAGACCGGAUAUAUCCCCAUGACGCAGACGACAUCGAUCGUGCUGCAGUCGCCUUUACGGAUAAGGCGACAGAUAUCUUUAUCACCCAGAAUGAAAGCAUCCCUUGGAAGAAAUGCAAGAUUGCCGUCAGCGACGAUCCAAGCAACACGCAACUGAAAGUGAUUGCAACAGAAGAUAUUACGAAGAACGAGAUCAUUUUUGUCGAAAAUCCCCCCAUCAGAGGUCACCUCGAGCUGCCAAAGCUGCCAAUCAGAGGGUUAGAAUUAAGAUGUGACAACUGCCAAAGAGGCCUGCCCGGCGGGCAGUUCGAAAAGCACGCUCGUGAAUUUGAACAAGGGAAUUCCCGCGAAGCAUGCAAAUGUAUCACACAGCCAGUCCCCAUUCUAUUCUGCCCUGCGCCAAAUGAUAGUGAUCCAACUUGCGCCGAGAAUGCUCAAGCACGGUAUCACUUUCAAGUCUGUGGUGAAGACUGGGCAUGGCUACACGACGCCAUGCGGCCCAUAAAGGUUCUGGACUCCGAAGAACGUCCUUGUUACAAGUACUCGUGUGAAACACAGUCAACUUUACUGAGUCUCCUCCUGCGUGAAAUAUUUGACAUCACCCUUCACCGAAGAGAAACCCACGAUCCCAACCUCAUGGCACACGAAAUCGACGAACUUGUUGCUCUUGAAGGCCCCCGAAAUUGGACCAAUCGAAGUUUUCCCUUUAGCUUGACUGCCAAUGUCCAUAUUCCCUUCAAUAUCCUCUUACAACUCGGCGUCGACAUCUUCCGCGACCUCAGCUUCGACACUUGGGUUAUUCAACUGGUUCUGAGGAAGCUCACCGUCAACGCCAUUCCCUGUAGGAGUGACCGUUUCAAACACACGACGAUAAUCAAGCAUAAAACCUUUCCAAAAUGGGAAGACGAGCUGAAGAUCGAGGAUUUACCGUACUUUGAUCCCUCUUUCCCCAAGCUAUAUUUAUAUCCUGGGCACAGUCUUUUCAAUCAUGCGUGUCGUACCAAUUUCAACGCCAGCUGGGCCCCCUACGGUGACGAGAACCCUAAUCUGAUGAUUCUGUGGUCAUUCAAAGACAUCAAGAAAGGUGAUGAGAUUCGCAUCCCGUAUUUUUACCCUCUCGAUACGGGCGUCUCCACUAGCAUUUUGGAGCGUGCUCUCGGAAGACCUUGCAACUGUGGCGGACCUCAUCUUGAUGCAGAAUAUGUGCCUCCACCAGCACCAGCAAAAAACAAGCAAGCAAUAGGAAAGAAAGGGAAACGAUCAUGA